AUGACCAGCCGUGGCCGUGGACCUCCCAAGACGCCCCUGCAUCAUCUUCUGCUAUGCCUGCAUCAUCAACAUCGGGCCGGCCCGCUGAACUGCUACUAUUUGGAGACCAACGCAGACUAUACUCACGAGGGCCCAUUGGUCAGAGAAGAAGCCUUCAUGGAUGGUGGGCAGCCUGAGAUGGCCACACAGGGUUCCGAGGGUUUACUGGGCGUAGCAGUCAGUGACAUGGUGGUGGAGCUGAACGACGUCCCGGCGGGUCCUGGCAUGGAAGAAGAUCCGCUGAGCGAGGACUGGAGCAUCAUCCGCGAGGCGCCAGUGAAGGUAGAUGCACCGCCAGCGAUGCCGCGGGUGCAUCCCCGCUACGAAUUGUGGAUUGAGACUUCCAAGGAGCUGUCCAAGCUUGGGCGCUAUCAUUUCAGCUUCGACAACGAGGAGGCCGUGCUGUCGAUGAGCUGGGUGAAUCUUCCGGGCUUUCCGCUGAGCUUGGCCGUUGGAACUGGGGUGAACACUGGGGAGGACCUCACCUGUCGUGGCCGCCUCAUGCUCUUCACCAUCAAGGACAAAGAACCUGGGAUUCUGCCGCCAGUGUAUCAGAGGUCCUUGAGAUCGCCCGUCACGGUGGUUGGCCAAUCUGGCAGCAACUUCAUCCAUGCCGAAGGCUUCAAGCUCUACGUGGAGAAAUGGGAAAACAGCAGUUUCAACAAGUUGGCCCUCUUCGAUGGAUCGCUGUGUAUGACCUCCAUGAGUAACAUCAAGAACUUCAUGCUUUUUGGCGAUCUGCGCAAAGGAGUGGACUUCUGCCAGUGGAAGGAGGAACAAUCCACUGGUACCAGGACCAUUCGCAGACUCUCCCGAUCACCGCCAUCCAUGAACAUGACGGUGUUGGCCUGCGAGUUUGUGAUUCACCAGAAGUCCUUGGGUUUGGUGGCACUGGAUCACAAAGGCAACGUUCAUCUCUACCAGUACACGCCACACAGCGAUGGACGAGAAGGGGACAGCAGUGGCGGGUCGGCGGGCGGCCUUGGAUGGGCAGGAGCUUUCCCGCUGCACGGGGGCAUCCAUUCUUUGGAGCCAGCUUUACAGGAAGUGUUCAGCGGCAGCAUCUUCCACGUGGAGUGGAAGGAGGGCCUUGAGCAGGCACAUCUGUUGCACAUGUGUUUGGAGGUGGCGCUCAUGAUCCUCAAGUCGGUGAGGGCAAUGGGCCACCGAGACUUUUGCCCUGCAGCGCGUGGUCGAAAGAGCCCCAGCCCCAGCCCUGCACGCGGCACAACACUCUGCCCCUCCAGCAGCACAUCCAGGGGCCAAGCAGCUUAA